GGUGACAUCUGGUGGCGGUUACAAGAACUUCGUCGUAAGGGAUGGUUAGUUUUAAUGUUUCUUUUGUUGAGGAAAAAAGUGCAGGUAUUUUGGAAUUUCAUUUUUGGAUUUUGAAAUGGCAAGGAGUAUUUUGAGAAAAUUGGAUUUUGCUUUGUAUAGAGUCGAGGAGACACUGCGGUAUUUGUUUGGCACAAGAUUCCCACCAGCAUUAUGCACCUUGGAACUGAAUCCCAUUGAAAAUAAAUCCUCGGCUCCAAAUUCCAAGUCAUUGACAGAUAUUCUAAAAGAUGGACUACUCUGGGCAGUACCAAAAAGCCGUCGGUCUCUAGAGAAACGUAUGAAAAGAAAAUAUGGAAGCCCGGAAUACAAUUGGAAGCCUUUUGUACCAAAAACAAAUAUAGUUCCAUGUAUUACUUGCGGUCUUGAUCGCGAGGCUGAUAAAUUGUGUCAGCAUUGCUACAACAGAGUUAAAUUAGAGACCAAAGAAAUGCAGGAAGUGAUUGUCAACACUUUGGGUCUUGAGCCGGUCGAGAAAGAUGUGGUGGUGCUGUACGAAGGAGAAAAGGAUAAAAAACCAGCGAAAUUCUGGAAAGGACAACGCAUUGUCGAGUUGCCUAAGCCAAGGCCUGCUUGGUUCCAUUCAAACUUGAUGCAGCCUACCACUCAAGAGCCUUCGCAGAGCACCGAAGUAAAACCUACCGAAUUAGCUUAAGCAAUCAUUGUAGUAUAUCUAAAAAUUGUUCAAAAAAUUUUUAUUUAAAUAAAGUUUAAUUACAAUUAAAAUAAA